AUUCGAUAAGCUUUGGAUAAACCCAAAAUGUUCCUUAAGGCAGCCGUGGUAUUACUGGUGAUCGGAGUGGCAGUUUCUUACCCGGAUGUAUAUGAACCUGUUUAUUACCCGGAGCCUCUGCCGUACUACUUCAACUACGACGUCCACGACGACUACAAGGGAACGCACUUCGACAGGAACGAGAAAUCCGACGGCAAGGCUCUGCACGGCUCCUACACCGUCGCCCUUCCAGAUGGCCGCAAACAACAUGUGGAAUACAAGGCCGAUCACUACAAGGGCUUCGUGGCCAAGGUCAGCUACUACGGCAAGGCCAAGCACCCCAAGUACUAUGGCCCUGCCAUCACCUUCAAACACAAGGGUGAUUACCACUAAGUGCAACCAUGUUGUUAAAGCUAGUUGUUUUGCUUUUGUUUUUCACUACCACCAAUAAA